AUGGUCCGUCACCUGGCUCGGAAAGCGAAAGAACUUCUCGCUGAACAGAGGAAGCCUCAUACAACCUCUUAUCUCUUUGUGGCUUUCCUUUCCUUGAUUUCAACUCCAAAAACUGAGGGGACUUCAUAUUGGGCAUAUGUUCCUAAUCCUCCCAUUGUGCAGCCUGUGGGGUGGUUGGACAGGGAGCCUGUGAAAGUGUUAACCAAUGACUCAUUAUGGUUGGGCGGCGUGCAAGACUCUGACGCAAGAGUCUCUUCCUCCUCUACAAUCUCAUUUGAAGGAAGGGCAGACUCCUUGCCAAUUUGUCUCACGUUGCAAGGGAAAGCUCCUAACGGCUGUCUUACUACACGGUAUAGAACCUUCUUGACAGAUGGUCCAGACCACGAAAACCCCGGUAAGCGAUGGGUUUGGGAGACGCAAAUUCAAACAUUGGGGGCCCCGUCUCCUAAAUAUAGUGAUGAUUUUACUACCAUAUCUGAGGUGGAUUUGCCACUUACCCCAUGUGUUAAAAAAUAUCAAAAUACAGACAGAACAUGGUUGUCAUCCUUGACUAAAUUUCCAACUUGGUUGUCUUGUGGGUUCUCUACCACUGCGUGGUAUCGGCCUGAGGGAGGAGAUAUAACUAUUUGGGAUUAUUCUAAUUCUAACACGGGAACUGGAAAAUAUGAAAGAUAUAUAAAAAAUCAUAAACAAAAAUUUCAUGGGUACACUUAUGAUGGACUUGGGGAACAACUGCGUCGUUGGUUCUCUUCAGGCUUUGUAAAACCCUUCUGGUUUGCUGUGAAAAAUAAUGUAACUCGAAAACACACUGAUUUGUUUCGCUUAGUUGCUGCUACAAAUAUGUUGUUAGAAAAACAACCCAAUCACACUGUUUCGCAACCCAUAGGCGUUAAGGCUUGUGUAGCUUACCCUAGUGCUAUAUUAUUAGCUCAAACUGAAGCUGUAAAUAUUACUAAAGAAGGUCGUUCAUAUAAAAUAACCUGUGCUGCAUGUAAAAUGACAAAUUGUAUUACUUCUGCUGAGCCUAAGGAUUUUACUACCAUAUUGUUGGUGCGUAGACCGCCAUUCGUGCUGCUACCCGUUGAACUAGGAAGAGAUGAUUGGUAUGAUAAUUCUGCAUUGCAAGUGUUAAAUUUGUUAAGUGGACUCUUGCAUCCAAAACGCUUUGUUGCUGCUUUAAUUUUGGGAAUAAUGGCUUUGAUUACUAUUAUUACAACUUUUCCUAUAGCUACUACUGCUUUAGUUCAAGAGAUUCAAACUGCUCAUUAUGUAAAUACACUGAAUAGGAAUAUUACCAUGGCUUUAAUCACACAAGAAGCAAUAGAUCAGAAAUUAGAAGCAAAAAUUAAUGUGUUAGAGGAAGUGGUCUUAGCUUUAGGCCAGGAUAUAGCCAAUCUUCAGACAAUGUUUUCUGCUCGUUGUCAUAGUAAUUUUAAGUCAAUCUGUGUUACCCCAUUACCGUAUAAUUCUUCAGAAUCAUGGGAAAAAGUAAAAGCGCAUCUGCAGGGUGUUUGGCAUGAUAAUGACAUUACACAUGAUUUAAAUGCUUUGCAAAAGGAAAUUGCUGUGGCUAGUCAAUCAAAAUUACAAAUAGGGGAUUUGCAGGAUAUAGCUACUAGUUUAGAAGCAGGAAUCAAGAAUUUAAACCCCAUAACCUGGAAAAACUACCUCAUGUAUAUAGGAAUAGUGGCAUUCGUAGUACUGUUGAUUAUACUAUUUCUCCCAAUUCUUACAAAAUGUCUUUUGAAUUCAUUGCAGAACGUCCAGCAGGAAGUCUUUGAGCUCCAUCUUAAAAAUAAAAAAGGAGGAACUGCUACACCCACGGCUGUGAUACCCGCGUAG